AGUUCAACUACGGCUAUUUGGUGCGUUUCUGGGACAGCGGCAUCAACAACCACCAACUGGAACUGCGCGUGCGCCCAUGCAGCCGCUCAACUAAUCAAAGAGCUCCACGGAACGAUUGCUUGCUCCCACGGAACGCCGUUUAAGUUCCCCUCACCCCCUCCCAUUUUUUUUCCCCUUCCUUCUUUGUGCGUCCGGCAUCAGGCAUCAGUCGGCGACUUGUACGAAUGAAGCUACGAGAUCAUUCGCUCAGUCGCCGUCUUCGUCAGUGAUCUUGACAGGCAGAACCUUUCCUGGUAGGACACUCUGCUUGGACGUUUUGUUGUAGGAAACUCUUCAAAAUGGCUGAAGGCAAAGGCCCCGAAGUUACCGACAAGGUGUACUUCGACAUCCAGAUUGGAGGCAAACCGGCCGGUCGUAUAGAAAUUGGUCUGUUUGGCAAGGUUGUGCCAAAAACUGUCAAGAAUUUCAAGGAGUUGUGCCAAAAGCACCUGACAGAAAAAUCCAAAGAUGGUAGCCUUGUUGGCUACAAGGGCAGCAAGUUCCACCGUGUUAUUCCAGAAUUUAUGCUCCAGGGCGGUGACUUCACGGAUGGAGAUGGCACUGGAGGACGUAGCAUCUAUGGAGAUGAAUUCCCCGACGAGAACUUCAAGCUCAAGCAUUAUGGUGCUGGCUGGCUCUCAAUGGCCAAUGCUGGCAAGGACACUAAUGGGUCGCAGUUCUUCAUCACGUGCAAGAAGACCACUUGGCUAGAUGGCAAGCACGUUGUGUUUGGCAAAGUUCUUGCUGGAAUGGAUGUUGUGCGCAAGGUGGAGAAGAUUCCCACAGACAGCAAGGACAAACCAUCAAAAGAUGUUGUUAUUGCUGACUGCGGUGUGCUGUCCGUGGAAGCUCCUUUCCCCACAGCUUGUGCUGACGCUACUGACUAGGGAGAAUAAAGGUCACAAAGAGAGAGUGCUCCAUCAUCUCAUGCACAUUUAUCCACUUUUUUUUUACCAUUACCCAAAGGUACUUUUACUUUGACAUUGGCGAUCCCCAUUUCAGCAUGAUUCCAUGUGCACACAGGCUCAUUAAGUGCAGACUGUGCUCAGGUGGCUUCCAGUUUUUCCAAAACACAAUUUAAAUAAAAUGGCUACAUUGUGUA